CCUCCAUGGAGAUGCCUCCACGGAUUCAACCCGGACCCACCACCAAACCGAUCAUGCAUCUUCAGCAAUGAAAUGUCAACUGGAACGCCCUCGAAAGUACGAGUCGGAAAAGAACCAUACCCGACUUCCGCGCUCAAGAUGGCGGCUACUUCCGUCAACAUCUACGUCGACAAUGGCAUGUACAUGUUUCUGGACCCCCUGAAGACUACCCCGUUCCCAGGUCCCUUAUACCAGAGGGCAGGAGACCCUUUGUCAUACUACAUGGACAAGGCUCUGUCUGUGAAAGUCAGGAUGUUGCAGCUGAGCGAGCUGAACCACCCGCCAGAGGAGUCCAGUGUCCUUGUGGACGCGGAGAGAUGCCCCUCACCGGCCCUCACCGUCAAACUGGACGGGUUCAGCAGAGAACACACGCUGUUCCUCAUCGAUCUGAUGCGGCAGCACCUGGCGGACGACAGCGGCCCCCCCAGAGACCUGGCGGAGCUCGUCGCUCGGCUGAAGAGGAAAAAGGGCAGCAAGAGGCUGCUGUGGCAGGACGCCGCGGAGAAGCUGGAAGCUCGCUUUAAGGCGUCCUUCUGUCCGGACAGAGUAGCCAGAAAAUGGGGGACGCUGGUCGAAGCCUACAAGAAGAUAAAAGACAGCAACAGGUCCGCGGAGACGGGGAGGAUGCGCUUCAAAUAUUACAAAGAGAUGGACGAGCUGAUGGGGGGAGAGGACGACACGGCCCUGUCUGAUAAUGAGGGGAGUGCAGAUCUAGAUGUGUGUAGACCUGAGGAGAAGGUGGAGAACCACGCAGAACCUACGGGCACGGCAACGAGCCCGGAGCCGGCUGUGGCCAAAAACGACGGGUUCAGCAGGAAACACACGCUGUUCCUCAUCGAUCUGAUGCGCCGACACCUGGCGGACGACAGCGGACCCCCCAGAGACCUGGCGGAGCUCAACGCUCGGCUGAAAACCACGAAGGGCAGCAAGAAAAAGCUGUGGCAGGAAGCGGCGGAGAAGCUGGAGGCUCACUUCAAGGCGUCCUUCUGUCCGGACAGAGUGUCCAGAAAAUGGGGGACGCUGGUGGACGGCUACAAAAAGGCAAAAGACGACAGAUCCGCCGGGAAGGAGACGACGCGCUUUAAGUACCUCAGAGAAAUGGAGGAGCUGGUGGGCGCGCAGGACGACGUCGUCCUCUCUGAGGUCGGCUCAUGCAGAGGUCUGCUGGGACAGGACGACGACAACAAGACACCCAGGGGCGCCGCCACGGAGCAGAGAGACAGACUGACGUCUCCCACAGACUCACGGAAACGCAAGAGGGCGGUGGACGAGGAGGACAUACUGGACAUGUUCCGUCAGUCGGAGGAGGCCAGCCAGCGGCGUCACCAGGAGACGCUGGAGCAGCUCAGGGCAGCGCAGGAGGACUUCAGGUCGGCCCAGCAGAGCUUUGAGUCCCUCAUGAAUCAGCUGCUGAAAAAACUGUAGUCCGAGUUUGAAAGAGGCCGCGGCUGCUUUGUGUUUUCACAGGAGGCCGUGGAAGUUGCACACUUGUUUUUUUUUUUUUUUUUGUAUUUUAAUAAAAUACCAGCUGUCGAUUUAUCACAAAGAUAGUUUUUUUUAAUGCAAUGACUGGAACCCUUUCUUUUCCCCGUCCACUGUACAGAUGUCAGGGUUUCCGCUACAUAGCGCAAAAAACCCGCCACGCCUUCAGAAUGAAUAUUUAAAAAUAAAAAUGU